CCCUUGUGAUGAAAGGUGGUCUGUGGUUCUAAACGGGAAAACAAUUGGUGUUAAUGUAGAAGAUGAUGAUUCAUACAUGGACACUUAUGUUAGUCCUUUGUCUACACAAAUGACUUCUAACAACGUUGGAGAAGAAGAAGCUGACGAUGUUCAUGCUAAUCGUAAUGAUCAUGAUGAAGGAGAAUUAAUUAACAUCGUCUAACGACCAUGGAUACUCCACCUGCCUCGCCUCCUCCUCCUCUUCCUCCUCCUCCUGCAAACGCUGAUGCGUCUCCAUCUACGUUGAAGCGGACACGCAAGGCGACACGGCUACGAUCAUUGGCCACUAGACCACCUGGGGCAGAAAGACCUGUGGUCAACGUCGAUCCUGCUACCGACAAGGCCGACGGUCCCUACAAGAAGAAAUUAAGAACAUAUUUGGGGAUUGUCGCUCGUGAUAAGGUCGACGUGACAUAUGACACCUGGAAGGAAGUCCCUACUGCUCAGAAGGAUUUGAUAUGGGAGGAUAUUCAGGCGGAAUUUCAAAUCCCUGAAGCUUCUGACAAUAGGUGUUCGGUACAGGAUUCUUUGGACGAGCAGGCGUCACAGGGAUCGUUUGUCCCCCAUGGACGUCAGGAUAUCCUGACUGCUGCCAUUGGGCGACCAGAGCACCCUGGCCGUGUUCGUGCUGUUGGAGCCGGUGUCACCAUAAAGCAAUACUUUGGAUCAGCUUCACGAACAUCCCGCAGUUCUUCCUCCAUGCCUCUUGAAGACCUAGAACAGCUGACCCAACAAAUCAGAGACCAACUGGAGGAGUCAAUCACAGAAAAAGUGACUCGAAAGAUGAUGGAAUCCUUCAGCCAGAUGCAGUCGCAGUUUCAGUCUCGGAUGCAAUCACAGGGAAUUGCACUACCUCCAGAGCCAGAGGUUGGUCCCUCAGGUCCUCGUGUCAGUACAAAGGAGAGUUGUGUUGCUCCCUCAGGGAACAAUCCAGGGAUGGGUGACUCAGACAAAUGCGGCCUAUAUAUUGAAGAAAAUCCUUCCCGCUUGGUUGCCCUAGGAAGACUUUACGAGGGAUCCACAACAGUUCACAACAUCCCGUUGUUGCAUGGCCAAGUCAAGGUUGGUGUUGAGGAGGUUAAAGAUACAGAGGCUCUCGUUCCUGUACCCACUGCCGAGGUUACCUUAGUGGGGCAGACACUUAACACUUUCCUUGCUUGGCCAACACAUCUUGUAAAGCCUGUGUCUCCAGCAAAACCUCCAGAAAGCCCGGAUGAAGAGGUCGAUGAUCCCCUGUACCUGAUGACAUUGACCAUCCCACAACUGUUUUUGAAGCCGCUCCAGCCAUCUGACUGA